GGCGUUUUCGUGACAAAUUUCCAUGAAUAACACCUGUCGUGGACUUGACGUUGUGCAACACUCUUCCAGGACAUCGCAAGCGAAGCAAGCGAAGAACACGUUGAACCCAAAACACCGAACUGAAAGCCACAGCGACACAAAGAGCCACACCUGUCGCCGACCGCCCGCCCACCCCCUCGACGCCGCACCCUCGCAACGCUGUUGGGCAGUUUUCCACGUCGUUGUCGUGUGGUCGAGAUGGAGACAGAACCGCCCGAACUAAUUUGGGCGAAUUGGCCAAUCGGCUGACAGAUGUCAAUAUACCCAGGACAAGGUGGUGGCACCGAAAGGCUGUGCAACGGCCUCGAAACAGUUACCUUCUCACCGGAAUCCAAUCGUCGUCUCGCCCAGCUCAAAGGCUGAGAUUCCCGAAAUAUGUCGAGUCACUCGAGUUUUGCGAAUCAGGAACAGCAGUCUAUCUACUACACCUGAUUAUACGGGCAAUGCGACGACGACGCCCUCCUGAUAUCCUCAGGAUGAAGAUCCAGUCAUGAUAAGAGUCAUUGAUGGACCGAUCAGUUAUCAGCCUUGUGGCUUUGCCUUGACCGUGUGUGUGGGUGUCAAUCAGGCAUCAAACUGCAUGGGGUGUGAUUGGGGGCCUGAGGCCGUCAGCUCGUUGACGUCGUUUUUGACGUCGGUCGCCCGUUGCCCAUAUGGACGGGCUCUGCAGUUUAUACAGUAUUUCCAAACAGUGUCCGGCGAGCCCAAGGGCCAGACUGCUGGGCCUCGCUCGCAUUGCGACAUCUCGAUCACCAACACGCAAACCAUCGACUGCCGAGCACAGCGGGCCGGCCCCCCGACCUUUAAGGAGGCCAGGGGUAAAGUCUCGGUUUGACAGCGCCCCUGCCUUUAUCGGAAGGAUUGAGUUAUCAAACAUCUGGUCGUGAUCAGAGCGCUAACUCUUCGCAAAGCAUUGAAGGAGGGCAUUGAGAUGAAAGGUACUGAUACAAAUAACGAUUGCUCGAGAUCCGAGUAGAAACUGCAAUAUGAUGAAAUGGAAAGGCUGCGAGUUGCGCUCCCGAGUAAAUCGGCUACAACGGCUUGCAACAUCGCCGACUUCUUUUUGCUGUAGCCUAUCACGACCCGCUCGUUUCCCGUCCAAUGAACGCAGCAUCAGCACUAUCAACCCUGGCCACUACGAAAAGGGCUCUACCUCCGCUGCCGUCCCGAAGGCAGCAAUGAGGGAUGGCUAGGGUGAUCUCUGCUACAAGCUGCCAGUCAGAGCCCCUAAAUGAUUGCGGAUAGAUUGCCCGUGCAGUCGGGAUUCGUCGAUCUGUCUGAGACACCAUCUAUCUUAUGGGCUGAGUUUGCAUACAGCCAAUCGACAUCCUUUUGCGUCCGUCAUAGAUUCCAGCUUGUGGAGGAGGGGAACGGAAAGAAGGGAGGGAGGCGCUCCAAAAAAGACGUCUUUCCACAUGACAUCGUCGCCGUUGCGAGCCUUGUUCCUCAGCCACAAGGCAGCAUUUGAAAGAUGGUCACCAUUCGCGACUCCAAGACUGACAUGCCUCUUUCGGAGAUGGCUCCCAGGUGUCUCCCAUGUCUGGUUCACCCGUCGCGGUGGACCACCCUACCCUGGACCCCUUGUCCGCCCUCCAUCGCCUGGUAGGGUGGAAGGAUGCCAGCCAAUGACAGCCUCCUGUCAGCAAUGGUUGAAGAUUUUACUCAGCCCAGCCCAGCCCAGGAGUAGUCCAACAAAUGAACUCGGGCUGACGAGCUGCGCCCUGACCGAAUAUUCUUGGGGUCAGCAAAGGGUAGGGGCCGAGGCUUGUAAUUUGGUAUUCCCCCACAUGGAGACUGCAUACAGUCUGCAAACUGGUAGGGAUGGCGUGACAUUGUAUGCUCAAUACACAUCUAGCGCCCUUCUACCGACGGUAUCGAAGAUGUUUGGCCCAGACAAAGCCACACCAGUCUGGGAUCGCGCCUCUAUCAUGCCGGUAGCCCCCUCGGACGAGUCGCCCAGAAACUGGGAACCUUUAUCAAGAUCUCACAGCCUGCUUCAAAUCCUCAAGGCUUUUUUCCUGCCUCUCUCACCCUUCUCUCACCCUACCUACCUACCUACCUACCUACCUACCUACCUACCCCCUUUUCUUGUGUUCCCAUCUCAUACAGCCAACAUACUCUCUUACUUGAACUAUUGUUCCUUUGUGUGACACGGAUUGGCUUUUCUUUCCCAGCCAACUUCCCUGAUAGUGGACACGACCGUAUUGGUAUCCGGGCAGGCCAGCUCACCGACCACAAUGGACAAAUCCGAGAGACAAAACCCUUCGGAGAUGUUGGGAGCCCAUCCCAACGGACCGAACGGGCCCUACACACCUCCUCUCACCCCAGCCCUUCACAUUGAUAGCCCUGGCACCACCGACACCAGAGGCCAGCUCUCCAUCGACCAUCUUCACAUCGUCCACAGUCCAGCCGAUUUGACGCAUGACAGCGUAAGGAACCGGACAGAGACAGAGCCUAACCUGCGACACAGAAGAGUCCGAACCGCCGACUCGGAAUCCUCUUCCUCAACCGAAGCAGCCAUGUCCAGCUCCUCCUCCAGCCCCAACCCCCGAGCAGCCUCUGUCUUUAGCACCCAAACCCUCAUCAGCGAGGAAACCGCCCCUCCUCCCAGAGCCACAACCCCCUCCCGCCAGGACUCCCACCCCAUCGAAACCUACGAGGGCCACCAGCAAGACCCCUCCCCUCACAGCACCUCCCGGGCCAAGAUCAGGGGGUACACCGACGGGAGAGACGACAAGGCUUUUCCUCGCAUCUCCAAGCCGCUUGAGCUGCUGAGGGGAUCGUACGACGUGGUUGUGAUCGGAUCUGGGUAUGGCGGUGGUGUUGCCGCCUCCCGCAUGGCGAGGACGGGGCAGUCGGUCUGUGUGCUUGAGAGGGGGAGGGAGAAGUGGCCGGGGGAGUAUCCUACCGGCGCGGUGGAGGCGUUCAAGGAGCUGCACUACUCGGGGCAGCUGGCGCCGGCGUUUUUAAAGGGGAAGCUGGUGGAGGGCGGGAACCCUACCGGCAUGUAUCAUAUGAUUUUUGGGAAGGGACAGAAUGCGGUUGUUUGUAACGGUCUCGGUGGCACUAGUCUGAUCAAUGCGAAUGUGUUUAUGGAGGCGGAUAAGCAGACGCUGUCUAUGAAGCCCUGGCCUAAGGAGAUUAGGGAAAACCCAAAGGGCCUGGAUAAGUACUACAAGAAGGUGGAACAGGUCCUUGAACCUACCGAGUACCCCAGCGAGUGGCCCGAACUCCCCAAGACCAAAGUCUUCAAGGAACAAGCCGAAAACCUGGGCAUGGGUCACAAGUUUAAGAAGGUCAAGCAGACAACACGCUUCCGCAAUGGUCCCAACAGCUGCGGCGUUGAGAUGUCCCCAUCCAGUCUCACAGGCCAGGACGCCACGGGGGUCAACGACGGCUCCAAAACCACCACCCUCGUCACCUACCUAGCCGACGCCUGGAACUGGGGCGCCGAAAUGUUCUGCGAGUGCGAGGUGCGGUAUAUUCAAAAGGACGAGAAAGAAGGCUACCGCGUCUUCUUCGCCUGGCACGGCAGGAACCGCGGGCUCUUCAAAGGCUAUCUUCACAACGACCUUAUGUGGGUCCAUGCAAAAAAGGCCGUCUUCCUCGGUGCCGGCGCCAUUGCUUCGACCGAGAUCCUACUCAGGAGCAAGGCUAUGGGCCUUUCCAUGAGUGACAGUGUCGGACAGAACAUGAGCGGGAACGGCGACAUGCUGGCGUUUGGAUACAACACCGACAGACACGUCAACGGGAUGGGCAAGCCGGUCCCGUCGCCGUAUAACCCCAUCGGGCCAACGAUUACGAGUGUGAUUGAUAACCGGGAGGGACACGAGAACCCGUUGGAUGGGUAUGUGAUUGAGGAGGGGGCCAUUCCCCAUGCUCUGUCGCAUCUUUUCCAGGUCAUGUUGGACUUCAUGCCGGGAAAGAAGGACCCGAGGGAUGAUACUAUCAUCGAGAAGACGCAGGCUGCUCUGGCGAGAUGGGGUUCUAGACUUUUGGGACCCUAUUUCAAGAAUGGCGCUACGGAACGGACGCAGGUGUAUCUGGUCAUGUCGCAUGACAGCAAUCAGGCCAUGCUGUCGUUGAAGGACGACAAGCCCGUUCUAGAAUUCCUCGGCGUCGCUCGCAGCCACCACGUCAAGAAGCUCAACAACAUCUUGGAGCGGGCCACAGAGUAUGUUGGAGGUACCUUGGUACACAGCCCCUUCUACGGGAUCAUGGGCCAGCAGAUCACGGUUCAUCCCAUUGGUGGUGCCUGCAUGGCUCGAGACAAUACGGGGAGGACUGGUGUCACCAACCACGUCGGUCAGCUCUUUAGCGGAAACGGAGCGGAAGUCCAUGAGGGGUUUGUGGUCACAGAUGCCUCUGUGAUUCCGACUGCGCUGGGUGCCAACCCUUUUGCCACUAUCGCUGCUUUGGCGGAACGAUCGGUGGAGGCGUACUGCGAGUCCAAGGAGCUCAAGAUUAGCGAGGAGAAGAAUGGCAUUCUCAACUUGCUCGGGGAGCCGGCGCAUGCUCCCAAGCGGUGCAGGCCCAAGCAGAGGCGGGAGCAGUUGAAGGCUGAGGAAGAGCUGAUCAGCAUUCAGACGGCAAAGAAGGUCAUGGACAAGGCUCGGAUUGUCAAAGCUAGCGGCAUUGGCUUUACCGAGGUCAUGUCUGGCUUUCUUCAUGCUGAUACCAAGAUGACCGAGGAUAACCGGGCGACGUAUGAGCUUGCUCAUCGCAUUGGUAAGUCGCUCUGUGAGAGCGCGAGGUUCUUCCUUAGCGUGCAGUCUUUCAACACCAAGGAGAUGAUCAGCCAUGUGCAGCAUCGUGGGAUGCUGACCGGCACUUUUGUCUGCCCGGCCAUUCGUGGGUCCCCGUUCAUGGUGCAGAGAGGAGAGUUUAAUCUGUUUAUCCUCAACUCCAAAGCUCCGGGGACUCGCAACCUGACCUACGACUUUGACAUGACUGGUGUCGAUGGCAGGAGGCUGCACUUCCACGGCUACAAGGUGGUUGACUCGUCGGUUGCCCUGGCCCCUAUCCAGUUCUGGAAGGCAACCAGCACCCUCUACGUGACCAUCAGCGAGCACGUCCCAGGCAUGUGCCGCGAUCUCGACGACGAGGACGCCUGGCGCAGAGGCGCCCCCAUCGCAAAGGGCAUCAUGCAAAUCCAACCUAGCGACUUCCUCUCCCAGAUCAACACCAUGACCACCACCGGCAGCAGCUUCAUCCGCAAAGCCGUCAGCGCCGCCAGUUUCCUGACUUACUUCACCCGCCGCUCCAUGUCCCUCUUCCUCGCCCCUCUCACCCCCCUCCAAUACCCAACCCAAACGUUUACCGGCUUCACAAACGACACCAACCCCGACAGCUCCUACGCCAUCGUCGCCUCGGACGGCGUAACAACCCGCAUGCACAAAUGGGAGCCCACCCACGUCCCAGAAGGCCACCAGGUAAAAGACCUCUUCAUGAUCCCCGGCGCGAGCGUCGAUCACCAAAUCUUUGCCCUCCCCACCAUCCCCUUCAACGCAGUCAACUACUUCCGUCGAGCAGGCUACCGCGUCUGGGUGUCUGUCCACCGCAUCGGCCAGCUCAUGAUCGCAGGCAACAACUGGACAACGUUUGACGCCCGCCUCGACCUCCGCGCCUGCCUGGAAUACAUCCGCAAAUCCCAGACCACCACCCUCACCCCCAAACUCGCCUCCCCGGAAAAAGUCUACUGCGUCGCCCACUGCAUGGGCUCGGUAGCCUUCUCCUGCGGCAUCCUAGACGGGACAAUCCCCCCCUCCUGGAUCUUGGGGAUAAACUGCUCACAGGUAUUCAUGAACCCCAUCUGGGGACCCGCCAACAUGGCCAAAGUCAUGGCUGGCGGUCCUUUGCCUCUUGACAAGUUAUACAACGCCGUCUGCGGCUCUUGGUUCAGCUGCUCGACGAGCAAAGACGAGGGAUGGGCUCAGUAUCUCCUUAACCAAGCCCUGAGGUUAUACCCCCAAUCCCGCAAAGAAAUGUGCAACAAUGCCGCCUGCCACCGAACUUCGUUGGUGUUUGGUCGGUGCUGGAACCACCACAACCUCAACGAGGCUACACAUCGGCAGAUCGACCGGUUUUUCGGGGGGGUGAACAUGCGGUUGCUGAAUUUGCUCAUGAAGAUGGGCUACGAGGGUCAUGUAAUGACCAAUGCGCCAAUGUAUGAACCCCUGGACACGAGGGAGAAUGUCCAACGACUAAAAGGGAUACCGAUCAUGCUCUGGGUGGGGAGGGACAACGCUGUCUUGUCGCCCGAGGCUACCGAGCGGACGUACGAGGUGUUGUGCAGCCAGUUUGAGGACGGGGAUUACAAGCGCAAGGUUGUGCCGGGGUAUGGGCAUCUGGAUGGGUGGAUGGGGAGGAACGCGUGGAGGGAUGUGUACCCGUUUGUGAGGGAGGAGGUGGACAGAGUGGUGAGGGGGGAGGGGUACAGGUUUGAGGAGCCGGAUGAUGAGUUCAAGGCGAUGGUGCACGGGAAUGAGAUUUAUUAUUAGGGGGCGUGUUUUCUUGUUUCUUUUUUUUGGGGGGGGUUUCUCUAUAUAUACAGACUGAAAGGGAUUUCAGUGUUUCUCUUUUUCCAUCUCAGUUGGAUACCCAUUAUUAUACAUGAAACACCAAAUACGGCCGACAUAUCAGCGUUUGGUUUUCCCUUUUUUUCUUCACACUAUGUAUCACCUCUACGGCAGUCGGGUCAUUGGAACAAACAACUAGGCAGAUAGAUAGCAAUGGCAGGACCAUCUCGAAACGAGCUUUUGCUCAACCAUCAAAACCGU